AUGAAGGAGAUCCUGACUCUUCUACUAAGCUGCAUCACCUGUAGAGGGCUGGGGCUUGAGAACAGCCUUCCUGUACAGGACUGUGCCCUGCACUCUGUCCAUGGACAUCAUACCCACUACCAGGUAACAGAUGGCAAGGAGUUGGUGAUCUCCACCUGGGAUACCAGGAGCAGGCAACUGGUAUCAUGUUCUGUGGAAGAGGAUGAAGGGACAGUCAGUUCUUUCCUAACCCAGUGCACCAGGCAAGAUGACGUGUUGUAUAGUAGCUAUGGGGGCUUUGCUGAAGCCAAGAUGGCAUGCUUAUACUUCCUACAAUCAAAUCAUCCUAGAAGAAGAACAGGAUCAAAUGACCAACAUGCAAGAGUGAAGAGGGGCUUUACCUAUCCAGGAACCCUGUGGUGUGGAGCCGGGAAUAACGCAGAAAAAGAAAGCGAUCUAGGUGAACACAGAGAAACAGACUCGUGCUGUAGGACACAUGACCACUGUGAGCACGUCAUCCAUCCCUUAACCUCCAACUAUGGCCACUGGAACCUCCGUUGGCACACCAUCAGUCACUGCCAGUGUGACAACAAGUUUAAAGACUGCCUUCGAAAAGUCAAUGAUACAGCUUCACGGGUGGUGGGGCAGGCUUUCUUCAAUGUCAUUAAGGUGCAGUGCUUUGAUUUAGCCUACAAGGAGCAGUGUGCAAAAAGGAGCUGGUAUGGAUGGUGUGAGAAGUAUGUCAAUAUAACAGUGGCUGUUCCUAAAGACUCAGGACUGUACGAUUAUGGAGGAAAUCUUAUCGACAAACCAGCUCUAACGAAGGAAAUAGAUUCUACUACACCACCAUCAGACCUGUCACUUGAGCCACCAACUCUGGGACAAGUCAUGAAAGCUACUGAAGACCUGCUGAAGAUCAUGAUGACAAUAAGUCCAGGCACCUCACCCAACCAGUCCAAAGUGGAUGACAGCACCACCGACAAGAAGAAGAAAGAUCAAAGAAAGAAGAAAGAAAGGAAGACCAAAAAGGGAAAGGGUCUUAAAGGUAAAAAAAAAAUCAGUCUAAAAAGGAGAACAUUGACUCUCCAGCCAAAGACAUACUAGGUGAGAACACGGUCAAGGAUGAGAAGCCUGUGCCAGUGAACCAGCCACUUGACGUCUUGGAUGUAGAACCUAAGCAGGAUGCAUUCAAUGAUGUCCUAAAUGAUGAGCCCAUCAGAAACAAUGAUGCUAAAACAUCUACAUCAAUAACACCUACCUACAAAAAGGAAGAACUGAAAGCUAAGGUGACAUCACCUCCACUAGUAUCUAGACCUUGCACAAGGAAACCCCAAAGGAAAAACAAGCAGGAACGAAAGGGGAGACGUGAGAGGAAGAAGAAACCUAAGACAGAGUCUUGUGGUCCUUCAAACGCACAGUAA